AGAGACGCAGGAAGCGUAGGCCGUGAAUGUAUUCGUUGACAGUCCAUAGCAGGUGCGCUUGGAUUUGGAAGGAUUCGCGAAUGUCUGAGUUUGUGACGUCGUUGUUCUGGAUGAAAUUGCGUAGAUCUACUGACAAUUGAUUGUGUUAGUACUAAAACAAGAGUUGGCAGCUAGGAUAUGUACCGUCAAUGCUGUCAAUAAUGCGGCGCUUCUGGUGUUGCAUUGUUUUCUUCAUCUUCUUGAUGGGCGACACGUAUUCUGCGUCAGGUCGCUUGUGUUUUAGCGGUGUGGGUGUCACGCGAAGUGUUGCAGGUGACAGUAUGCGCGAUGAAGAUGGCGCUGGUUCGGAUCUGAUGGAUGGCAUGGUGAUUGGUGUCUGGGCGGAGCUACGCGAAUUGAGCGAGACAUGGAGGGAGCGUUUAAGUUAGUUCGCGUUGUGGCGGCAAACGUUGCUGUUGGGGGCAAGUGGAUUGUGUGUUCGAAGAUGCGGUAUGAAUGCGCACUGGAGUGCUGUCCAUGUGGGAAACGAUGCUCGAAUCGGCAAUUACAAGUCGGAUCGGCACAUGGGUCAGGUGUAAUUGACUGUGGUCGUAAAGGCCUCGGCGUGAUCACGUUGGAGGAUGUCAAAACUGGGCAAUUUGUGGAAGAGUACGUUGGUGAGGUGCUGAGCAAUAGUAAAGCCAUGAUGCGCUGUCAGGAUUAUCAAAAGAUGAAGCAUGUGUACAUGCUUCAGAAUUCUAUUGAGUGUCUAUGUGGUUCUCGGAAUUGCAGAGCGAAUGGCAUGAGCGAUCUCAGCAACUACAUUGCACCAAACGGCAUGAGCGAUCUCAGCAACUACAGUGCGGAGCAGAAGACGGCGGACCGACGUCGCCGAAAUACCGCAGCCGCGCGUCGAUACCGUGCUCGAUUAACACCUGAAGAUCGCGAAAGGCACCGACAACAGGAGCUUGUACGACGUCGAAAGAGGCGACAGCUUUCGACUGCACCUUCGACAUCAAUGCCAGCACCUAGGCGAACAUCUAAAUCUGCUACCGCUGUUGUAAACGAGGAUGACGCGCACUCAACGGUUGCAUGGGGAGCCAGCGACUUCCCGCAACUGCUACCAGUGUCUUCAGUGACCCAAGGAAGCGUACUGGAACAACUGCGUGGAGCGUUGGGCGCGUCGGGGUUGGACGAGACAGUGUGCACAGUCUGCGAUACAUGGGCUGUACGCACACACUGCCGCAUCGUUAGUGUCUUAGAGUGUGUGCAAAUGAAUGGCAUUCGAAGGCUCCUUAGCAGUCGAGACGAAAAUCUCGCUUCACCUCUGGCAAGCGAGUAUGACUGCUCAGACAUCCUUCCUGAGCUUGAGGGUAUCCUGCUUUCGAAGCGCGGAGUCGACAGAGUGGGCCGUAGUCUACACGUUUGCAAUCAGUGUGAUGAUAGCUUGCGGAAGCGGGAGAUCCCAAAGUUUGCCAUCAAGAACGGGUUUUGCAUCGGUUCACUGCCGACCAAUCGGCAGCAGACGACAUUACCGAACGUGUGA